CAAAAUCCCACGAGAAGUACAAUGUCCAACGAAGACUCCCCAAAGCCCCUCCGACUCCUCUCCCUCGACGGCAGCGGAAUAACAGCAAUCAGCCAACUCAUAAUCCUCAAAUCCCUAACGCUCAGCAUCCAACAACAGCACGCCCUCGCGGAGACCCCGCAACCGCACGAGCUCUUCGACCUGAUCGGCGGCAGCGGGCACGGGGGGCUCCUAGCGCUCCUGCUGGGCCGGCUGCGCCUCUCCGUCGACGAAGCCAUCACCGAAUACCGCCAGCUCGUCCAACGGGUCUUCUCGCGUAGGAAACACCGCGGCGGGAACGGGCAAUACAGCGCCCGCAAGAUGGAGGCGGCGAUCCGGGAGAUCGUGGCCCGGUACCCUCAUGCCCGGGACCCGGAGACGAAGUUGUUGGUUGAAAUUGAGGGGGGUGCUGAGGAGGCUGCGGAUGAGGUUGCGGGAGGUUGUAAAGUGUUCGUGUGCGUGCGCAGUGCAGAAGCCAUGGAAUACGCGCGAGCGUUAUGCUCGUAUCGCACGUAUCGGGCGGGAGACUAUCCCGACCUGACGGUGUGGCAGGCGGGGCGGGCGGUGACGGCUUAUCCGGGAUUGUUUAAGCCGUUGGCGGUGGAUAUUGAGGAGUUUGUCGAUGGGAGUCUCGGUACCAAGAACCCCUGUCGUAUGGUGCUGAACGAGGCGCGGCGGCUGUUUGACGGUCGUCGGCCGCUGGGAUGUGUGCUCAGUCUUGGGGCGGGGAGGCCCCCGCCGGUGCAGCUGGCCAGGCCCGGCGUCUUCCAGCGGCUCUUGCCGACGAGGAUCGUCUCCGUGGUCGAGGCGCUGAGCUUUGAGGCGGAGGCGGUUGCGCAGGAUAUGGAGGGGAGGUUUGAGGGUUCGGCGGAUGUCUACUUCCGGUUGAAUGUGGGGGAGAGAGUUGCGGAUGUGGGGAUGGCGGAUUGGGAGAGAUCGAGUGAGGUGGAGAGCAAGACGAUUGAUUAUUUGGCUGCGUUUGAGGUGGAGAGUACUGUGCUACGGGCUGCGGCGGCAGUGUACGGUGACGCGAAGAGGGAGAAUACCAACGAGAAGCAGAUGACAUUGUUUGAUUUGUAG